ACAAGUUCUCACAGAUAAAGAAAUUAAAGAAAAAAAUGCAGACAGAGAGAAGAAGAAGAAGAUAAAGAUAAACCUCCCAAAACCCCCGCCGGAAAAAAUGUCAGCUAGCAAUCUCCUCUACACAAAACCCUACUCUCCACCCUCUCCAUUUCCCACUUCGUCACUUACAAAACUCCCACUCUCAUCCUUUUCUCCACCAAUUUUCUCACCUCCCUCAAAUUCUCACCUCCUCCAAUUUCACCGCUCUUCUAAUUUCUUCUCCAAAUUAACCCCGCACAUUAACUCCUCCACUAACUCCAACGUUCAACCGCUCCCAGACGAUCUUGAACGAGAAACCGAAACUGAAACGGAAACAGAAUUUUCUAAUGAGUCUGACAGUGAUGAAGAAGAUUACGCGAUUGACAUUGACGCGCUGGAGGAGGAAGCUGAAUCUGUUGUUAGAGAAUACUCCACUUCUCUGUCUCGCCAAUUGAUUAUCGAAGAUGAGAGUGAUGAGCAUAAAAAGGAAACUAGAAAGCAGAAGAGGCAAAAAAUAAUUUAUCCUGAUAUACCAGACCAUCUCCUUCCUAAGGUUGCAAUUGUUGGCAGGCCGAAUGUCGGCAAGUCAGCGCUGUUCAAUCGUCUUGUUGGGGGGAAUAGGGCGAUUGUGGUGGACGAACCCGGUGUUACACGGGAUCGUUUGUAUGGUAGAUCUUUUUGGGGAGAACAUGAAUUUAUGGUGGUGGAUACGGGUGGAGUUAUGACCAUUUCAAAAUCGCAAGAUGAGGUUAUGGAAGAAUUGGCUGUAAGUAAAUCUGUUGGCAUGGAUGCUAUUCCACUUGCCGCUAGGGAGGCAGCUAUUGCUAGGAUGCCUUCAAUGAUUGAGAGACAAGCUGCUACUGCUGUUGAAGAAGCAUCUGUUAUCAUUUUUCUAGUAGAUGGCCAGUCAGGUCUAAUAGCCACCGAUGUGGAGAUAGCAGAUUGGUUACGCAAGAACUACUCAGAUAAGUUUAUCAUUCUUGCAGUCAACAAGUGCGAGUCUCCUAAAAAAGGAAUCAUGCAAGCAGCAGAAUUCUGGUCUUUAGGGCUCACUCCCCUUCCUAUUUCUGCUUUAUCUGGAACGGGAACUGGAGAGCUUCUAGAUCUUCUAUGUUCCAAGUUGGCAAUAAUCGAGGGUCCACAACAUCUUGAUGAUGAAGAAAAAAAUUAUAUUCCUGCAAUUGCAAUCGUUGGCAGGCCAAAUGUUGGUAAGAGUAGCAUUUUGAAUGCUUUAGUUGGAGAAGAUAGAACAAUAGUCAGCCCUAUCAGUGGUACUACGCGUGAUGCUAUCGAUACUGAAUUUACAGGACCAGAUGGCCAGAAAUUUCGGCUUAUCGAUACAGCUGGAAUCAGAAGAAGGGCAGCAGUAGCUUCUUCAGGUAGUUUGACAGAGGCUUUAUCAGUAAAUCGAGCAUUUCGUGCAAUUCGUCGAUCUGAUGUUGUUGCUCUUGUUAUUGAGGCCAUGGCAUUUAUCACUGAACAGGAUUACCGAAUUGCUGACAGGAUUGAAAAAGAAGGUAAGGGCUGUCUGAUUGUUGUAAAUAAAUGGGAUACUAUACCAAAUAAAAACCAGCAAACUGCAACAUACUACGAACAAGAUGUCAGGGAGAAGCUUCGGAUUCUACAGUGGUCACCCAUUGUUUAUUCAACUGCCAUUGCUGGCCAUAGUGUUGAAAAGAUCAUUGUUGCAGCUAGUGCUGUUGAAAAAGAAAGAUCAAGAAGGCUGAGUACUGCUAUACUAAAUCAAGUGGUACAAGAAGCGUUAGCGUUCAAAGCACCUCCCAGAACCAGAGGUGGAAAGAGAGGACGUGUUUAUUACUGCACUCAGGCAGCUAUCAGGCCACCUACAUUUGUUUUCUUUGUGAAUGAGACAAGUCUAUUUUCUGAGACUUAUCGACGUUACAUGGAGAAACAACUGAGAACAGAUGCAGGAUUUGCUGGUACGCCCAUUCGGCUACUUUGGCGAAGCAGAAGAAAAAUGGAAAAAAGUGAAGGUCGGUGAAUACCUCAUUCUCUUCAAAAAGAAUUUACCACUGCUAUUGCCUUCAUCAUGUUGAACAAUUGAAGAGAGCGACGAAAGCACAACAUAAUCUCACACCACAUGCCUGAAAGUUGGCAUUGAUUACGCGAAGAUACAGUUGAGUACUUACUUGGAUUCUAGUUGAUUCUGGCAUCUUUAAAAGUGAAGUUUUAUUUCACGUAAGUUUCUGCUUUAUCACUCUCGAGUGACAGUAGGUUUUGUAUAAUAUCUGUAUCGAAUAUAUCAACCGUGGGUAAAGCUCUAUAUCUGUUUAGACAAAGUUACACCUGCUUUAGGCGCUUUAUCAGGCUUCUUGUAAUAUUGGUAUUAGUUCAAAUUAUAAAAAUAAUUGAUAUGUAUUCAUUGAUUAGUUAAAAAUUAGAAUAUUUCAGAUUGCCUAA